AUGCCACAUCUGCGUUCGCACGGACCGCCACCGAAGCCACCAGUCACCGAGUCAUCAUUAUCGUCUCGUUUGGGCCAAGGCCCACAGGUUAGUAUUUCAUCCACGUCUCAGUUUCCCAAUUUCAAUUCCACUCCAUUACCCACCCCGCCUCAAUCACCCAAAACAUCACCUAAUAUUUCCCCACCCGAUAGCCCUACUUUUAGCACCUCUAGCAUCCCAGAAAACCUAGAAGAGAUGGCCAACCCUAGGCAAACCGUUCACCAACAAGCCACCCAGAACUUCACCGGCCUUGCUUCACCCAUCACCGUUCCACCCAUAGUCAAUGACAACUCAUGGCAGAUUCCAUCUUAUGCCAUGGAAGCCAUCACCAAUAGCAUCCAAUUCCAUGGCCGCGAGGACGAGGACGCACCGGCCCACAUAAACCGGUUCUCUCGUAUCCUUGCUACUUUUAGCCUUCAAGGAGCACCUAAUGAUGUCACUUACCUUCAGCUCUUCCCGUUUUCAUUAGCCGGUUGUGCGGCUACUUGGUUGGACUCUCAACCAACCGGAGGGAGUCAAGGUAGAGGUCAACCUAGUGGGUUUGGUAAUAAUAACUUUGGUUCGGGUUGGCGUAAUAAUAAUAAUAAUUUUGCUUCUAACAACAAUUUUCGCUUAACCGGACCCCCUGGUUUUCAAAUAGCUCAAAAUCCAAAUAGGGGCCUAGGUUCACUCUUUGGUGGGGGUUCAAAUGGGCAGGUUAAUGAUGGGGGUUCAAGUAGUCAGGUUCAAACAGGUCAAGGGUCAAGCUAUGAUCUUGGGGGUAGUCUAGAAAGAAUAGAGGCUAUGAUGAGCCAGCUAGUUGUUAGAGAUCAAAGCACCCAAAAGAAACUUAGCGAACAUGACCUUAUGCUUAAGAAUCACCAAGCUGCUUUCCAAGACCUUCAAAGGGUUGUAGGUGAUAUGUCUAGGAAGUUAGAGGAUAGAUUACCUAGUCAGUUUGCGGGUAACACCCAACCUAACCCGAAUGCUCAUGUAAAGGCCAUUACCACCCGUAGUGGCAAAACCGUAGGGAACCCGAGCAUAAAGGAGAGAGUAGUCGAUGAGGAUGGAGAUAUUUUAGACGAAGAGACAGAGAUGGAGGCUCCCAGCAAAGUGCAAUCGAGGCUGCGCCCAGCAAGUACAGCACAGCCCGGUGAGUCUCAAGGUGAGAAGAGAGUAGAGAAACCUCCUAUAGAUGUUAGACCUUCACCGUUAGUGAACCAUGCGUACGUUUCGUUUCCCUCACGCCUUAAGAACCAAAAAUACUCGAGGGAAUACGGGCAAUUCUUAGACAUCUUUAAACAAUUGAAGAUAAAUCUUCUGUUCAUAGAGGCACUUCAAUCGAUGCCUAAAUACGCGAAAUUUUUAAAGGACCUUCUUAGGAAUAAGGAGAAGUUAGGGGAGUUGUCGAAUGUCCCAUUGCAUGGAGGAUGUUCGGCUGUUGUCUCAAAUCGGCUUCCUGAAAAGCUUACCGAUCCCGGUGUUUUCACAAUUACUUGUCUAUUCGGUAGUAACACUAAUACUAGAGCUUUAGCCGACCUAGGUGCUAGUAUCAACUUGAUGCCCUUUCCUCUUUACGAAAAGCUAGACUUAGGCGAGCUUUCACCCACCCGAAUGACAUUAUCCUUAGCUGACAGAUCCGUGAAACACCCUAGGGGCAUAGUCGAGAAUUUGCUUGUUAAGGUGGACAAGUUCGUUUUUCCGGCUGACUUCGUCAUUCUCGACAUGGAAGCCGAUGAAAACGUACCGUGA